AUGGAUGAGAGAUUUGCCCGGAUGCUCUGCACGCUCUGCCUGGUCAUCACGGCCCAAGCAUUUACCCAGGAAGGGUUCAAGGAGAUGUUACUGAAGCAGCUGGGGCUCUCCGAGGUCCCUAAACUUCAUGAGAGAGACCUGAUAGAUCUGGUGAUCCCAGACCACGUAAAGAACAAAUACCUCUCCAUGCUGAAGUGCAACAGAGUGAAGCGCCGAGCUUUGCCAAGCCUGGCCAGCAUCCUCAGGGGGAUUCCUGGCAACACAGGCAUGGCAGGAGAAGUCCUCUACUCUGACACUACCAUGCGCCAGAACCUGGUCUUUGACAUGGAGGGCAGAAUACCUAAAAACAGUGAAGUGACAAUGGCUGAACUAAAACUCUUCAAAAAGCCUCUGGACAGAGCAAACUUGCCUGCCAGGCAGUCUCAUAGGCCUGUCUCCAAUGCCAGAGGCAGCCAGCAGCAUGACGGUACCAACAGGACCUCCCUGGUAGACUCCCGGCUGGUUCCCAUACGUGAGUGGGGCUGGAAGCACUUCGAUGUGACGCAGGCUGUGCAUUACUGGCUGCGAAACAAGAGGCGAGAGCCCAUGUUCCUGGAGGUCUGGAUUGAAGGAGAAAGAGUAGGCAGCUAUGCCUCAGAAAUGGCCAAAGCCGUGUGUUUCACCUCUCAGGACCCCAAGGAUAAAGCCCUAGGCAAGCCGGAAUUGGUGCUUUACACCCUUGACUUGAAAGACUAUGGGGGCCCCGGGGACUGCAAGGAGACAGCGGUGACGGGGAAGUCCACCUGCUGCCGGCAGAAACACUACGUCAACUUCCGUGAGCUCGCCUGGGCGCAGUACUGGAUCAUCGAGCCGGCAGGGUACCAGGCUUACCGGUGCUCAGGGGGCUGCCUGCAGCCCCCCAGCCCACUGUGGCACUUUGGCUACAGGGAGCGCUCCUGUGCUGUGGUGGAGAGCUCCCCGCUGCCCAUGAUAUACCUUGUCAAGAGGGGCAACCGCACCGAGAUUGAAGCGGCCGAGUUUCCCAACAUGGUUGUUGAGAAGUGUGGCUGCGUCACGGACGGCAUGGCGCUGGUGUGA